GGAUAUAAUGGCAAACACGAUCGACUUGUUUUGUUGGCCAAAGAAAGACGACUUGCAAAGCUUUAGUCCACACUGUCUUGCUGUUAUGGCAUAUUCUCAAUUCAGCAAAGCGUCAGUCAGAGUACACAAAUGUGCACGACUACAGCAAUACACAGCAUCACUUCCUGUAGCUUACAACAAUGGUAAAAUGAUCGAAGGUAUGGAGUCGGUUUUCACGUUCAUGAGAAGUCAAGGAUGGAAUGCUGAUUAUGGCUUAAGCGAAAAGCAGCAGGCUGACACGCUUGCGUUUGAAGCAUUGGUGAAAGACAAGCUGGAACCAGCGAUUUUGCAUUUACAAUUUGUAAAUGCUGAGAACUUCUCUAACUGUGUGAGGGGUUAUUAUGCCAACGCAUGUUCUUUUCCAUGGAACUUCUACAUUCCUGGUCGGCUGCAGAAGAGAGCACAACUAACACUUAGUGCCUUACAACCCACAAGCAACAGAAAAUCAGACUUGCCCGACUCUUCGUUGCAGAAGAAGGUUAUAACUGAAGCAAGACAUUGUCUCAGUUUGCUCUCAAAGUUCUUGCAUGAUAAAGAGUUUCUGUUUGGUGACAGUCCUAGAACCAUGGAUGCCGUGUUAUACGGUUACUUGGCAUUUCUCUUGAAGUCCAACUUGCCCAAUAAUGUAUUGUGUGCACACAUCAGAGGAUGUCCAAACUUGAAUCGAUUUGUAUGCCAUGUUGAUGACCAAUUCAUGAAGUCAGUGCCCAAAGCGUCUACUACAGAUGCCAGUGUCAUAAUUCCUCGUCUCUCGCUGAGUGACGACCGCAAGGCGCAGCUGAAAGUGUUGGCAUCCAUUGGGAUUGGAGUAACAGCCAUGCUGGCAUAUGCUCUACUGAGCGGCAUAAUAUCGAUCACAUUAGAAGAUGAUCCGGAUGCCGACUAUGUGACUUUCAGUGUAGACAACAGAUGCGAUGAUACUCAACAUGAAGAGACGACAGACAACAGUCAACAAUGAGUAGAAUGAUGUGUAUAUGAUAUGAGCUAGCUGUGUGUAUAAAAAGUAACAAACAAUUCUGUCUUGUUGUCGUGUGUCCAGCAAAAAGUUAAUGGUUA